GCAGUGGAGUCCUGGCAGCGGGCAGCAGGCAGCAGGCAACAGCAGCUCGUUGAGUUUUGUUGUUCGUGGAAGCGAGUCGCAGGUGGGCCGCUACUCGCAGCCGAGCGGCCGAGCGCGGCCGAGCCCCGCCGAGCGCGCACGACCGCUCCGCGCUAGAACGGCGUAUGUGACGGACGGCGGCCCGCGCUAGCUUCAGUCUGCGCUCGGCCACCACCCUGCUCGCUUGUGUCAGUGACGCCGUGCUGUGACAUAUUUGACAGUUGUUAUCGUGAUUCGUGUGAUGUUUUCGUAUCGGAACUAUGGUGUAUCCCAAUGAAAAUGUGGAGUGAUUUCCAGGGCUCGGGCGGCGGGUGCGGCGCCAAGCGGCGCGCCGGCUCCCCGUGUGAGGGCGGCGGCAAAGUCGCGCGCUGGGAAGACUCGAUCGCUCGGCUUGAGGCCGUGGCCGCCGGCGCUGGCGGCGGGGACUGCUGGCGCUCCGAGGAGGAGGAGAGGCGCGCGUGCCGCCGGCGCUGGUGCGGCGGCUGGUGCGGCGCGCACGACACCAUCCGCGCCGAGAACGGCAAGUCCUACCUGGAGCUGGGCGGAGCGGCCGCGCGCGCCUGCUGCGACGGCCGCGCUGCCGGCCGCUGCGCCUCGCGCCGCUGCUACCGCGAGAGGCGGUUCAAGAUGAUGAACUUGUGCGCGCUGAAGCUGGCGCGCCUCCGCCAGACGGCGGACCCGUCGCUGCGGCGGUCGGUGCUCGUGUGCAACACGCUGCGCGGCAUCGAGCGCGAGAUGGAGCGCGAGAGCGCCGAGGAGGCGCCCUUCGAGCCCGCAUGCGUGGCGGGCGGCGUGGCGCGCUGCGAGCUGCUGGGCGCGCGCGACCCGGCGGCCGGGCGCGCCACGCCCUUCCCCGCGCCGCCGCCGCCGGACCGCGACUCCGGCUACGGCGACGAGGAGCAGCGCACCAUCGACUGGGGCUCGGUGCUGAGCCUGUCGUCCCGGUCGGCGCUAGACCCCCCCGAAGACGCGUGGCCCGACGACUGGGGCUGGAGCGAGGACAGCUUCGUGCGGCUGCUGGUGCCCACGAGUUAGUGCGGGGCGCGCGGGCAGGACUCGCCCGCGCCGCUGUGAGCGCCUGUGAUAGCGCGCGGUGAGGCGGGCCGCGCGGCCGGCUCGCGCCUGCGGCCGCGCUCACCUCUAGUCGGACGCGCCGCGCCGCCCACGCGACGCGACGCAUACACGCAGUCAGUAGUUAGUAUUAUGUAAUUGCUAAAGGGAAGGUGCUAGCUUCGGACGUGACGCAGGACUUAAAUGCGAGCCGAGUUAUUUUUGAUAGUUUUAUUUUCUUUAAGUGAAUUCCAAACCGAAAGAAGUGACUUAGCUAAUGACGUUAUUAUCGUUUAAAUUAAAACUCAGGUGUUUGAAAUUUUGUUGAAAUUAUUAUGUAAUUAAUUAGGUAAAAUAACUAUAUUUAUUUCGUUGACCAGAAGAAGAAGAAGAAGAAGAAAGUGACAAUUUGAAAUUAUUUCUGUCUUGAUAUUUUCAUUGUAAUGAACUGAACAACGAGCACUUUGAUUUGUUUGGGUUAUGUUGACCGGAGCGAAACCCCUUGAGCGCGGCGUCCUGCCGGCGAGUCGUUGAGAGCGAGCGGCGGCUCGGGCGCGCGGGGCAGCUCGCGCUCCGGAGGUUUCCCUGCGGAGUCGUGUUCUAAUGUAAUGUGUGGACAUGUGCCGUGUCGACUAGCGCAUGGUGUUGUGUAAAGCUACUGCAGCACGAUGGUUGAUGCGAACAAUGACGAACAAAUUGUAAUGACUAGUACCGCGGUACUUAACGUAACUGGUGAACUUUCAUUAGUUUCACAUCCACCACUCGCGUGUGCCAGCACUCGGUAACUGGAUGUCAAUUAAAUAAGCCUUACCAGCUGUGACAAUGAAAGUUUCAUGAUUACAGGAAUCGUGCAUUUGAAUAAUUGGAAUUUGUAAUACAUGACUGAACCGUGGCUGUAGGUACUUAAUAACUCAUAUUUCGGAAUUGAGAGUUCUGUCCAUUGAUUCGGAUGCCUUCUAACGAUCAAUGUUUAACUUUAUAUAGACGUUAAGACCUUUAUUUAGACAUAAAACAAAAUAACUUUAAAACUCUCAUCGAAUAGUUUAUUUACUACACUAACAGUGAACUGCAGUUCCUAAUACGUAAUUAAAAACUAAUUAGAACAAUCUUUAAUUUAUUCGACACAUUUCCUUCUAGUUUUGUACUGCGAUAUUCUUGUUAGGGGGCAUCCGAACAUCAGAUAAGGUUUUCGAUAGUCAAAAGGUAGUUCGUUGAUGGACUCUGUAAAUGCAUUGAGAUUUGAGAAUUGUAAUAAACCAUAAUUGUAUCAAUAGUUUGAUGUGUACCAACCCGUCGUUCCUAAACAGAGACAGGUAACGAACAAUGUCGAAAACAGAACUUGGACGAGACUUGCUAUGACGAUACGUUCUCUCAUUAGUAACAUCGGGUUGUGUGGCGCGGGUGUCCCAGCUCGCGGGCGCGCGCCCGGCCUGCCCGUGACUGUACCCUUGGUUCGCUCAGUCACGGCCGGGCACGCGCCCCAGCUCGCGGACAGCGCCGCGCCAACCACGGAAUUGUGACUGCAUGGACCAAACCUACCUAGCACGACUUUUAAUAGAGCAAAGUACAAAUUUCAAUAAUAAGAUGCAUUCGUGCUCCGGCGCAAGUUUGUCCACCGUUGUCAAUUACUCAAAUAUUUGAAUUGUGAUUCGGUAGCUAAUGAGAGAAAAACUCUAUGUUCUUAAAUUUAGUGUACAUAUUAGAUACGGAGAUGGGCAUUAUGGCGUGGUGAUUCGCGCCCGUUGUAAAUAUAUUAUGUAAAGUAAUCAUUUUAUUGAUGUCGAUGUCGAUUGUCGGGUAGCUCAUCACACCGCUCGCGAGCCGCCGUGCGCGACGCCCUGUUGUUUAUUACGACCUCUAUUCUGUCCAAUACACUCCACAAGUACAGAUUUACAAGUUACAUAUUAAUGCAUUAUUAAUAUAAUAAGAUGUCACAAAAUUUUAUCGCCAGUACAGACCAAUAAUAUACAUGAACAACGUUUAGUUAUAAUUUUGGGUUCUAAACUCAUAAGUGAUGCACUGAGUUACUGAUCAGCUCAAUCUAUUUUAUUUUAUGAGUUACUUCGCGUUAGAGAUUUCGUUGAUGAUGUCCGUAUGGUUGGUUGUGAUGGUUUACUUAAGUAAGUUAGCGACUCCGGCAAAUUGCCCUAAUUGUCUUGUACCUACCUAUUACAUUUUACUAUAUAUUUGUAUUAACAUUUUUGAGUCAAAGUUUUGUAUUCCUGGCGCAUAAAGUAUACGAAUUCCAUUUGUCGAAAGUACUUAAAACUAAUUAGUCGAUCCUUUCAGUCAAACUUCCUUAAUGAAUUAGUGUUAUGUUUGUGGACACUUUUGCCUCAUGAAUACAAGACGGUUAAUGCUUGCAAUAUAAUGUAGGUACAGAACUUCUUUAUCCUGUCAUUUUCGUAAAAUAGCCGACUGAUCUCGAAGUCGGAUUGUCUGUGAAAUAUAUAAAUGUACGUUACUUUGAUGUAAAAAUUUUGUACAAAUUGUAAGUGGUGGGCCCUUCUUUGAAUUGUAUUGAAUACUCCUAACUGUUAGUUUGUGUUGCGAGGCCGGCCGGCCGCGCAAGCGAGGAGUCGCACGCGCGGGUCGGACUCGUGGCCGCUCGCGGGUCGCGCGUCCAGCCCGCGCGCGCUAUGUGUUGUGACCUCCAGC